GGCUCGACGAGCUCAGCGCCGCUCGAUUUUUCCCGUGCGAUCCCAGCUCUCCUGCCGGGCGGCGGCGGCUGCAGGGGGAUGGGGACCCGCGUGGGGAAGUGGGUGAAGAUCGAUGAAGAUUAUUCUUCUUUUUAAGGAUUCCUUAGCUUCCUCCCGCCGUCUCUCCUUAGAGCCUUCCUAGUGGAGACCGUGAACCAGAGUCAGGGAUGUAAGGAGAGGAGGGAAGACGCCACGCCGGGAGCUCCAGCCAGCCAGCCGGGGAGACCCUCCUCUCGGUGGAGGGGAGGGGGAUUUCCAGCGACACAUCAUUGGCGAAGGGGAUCGUCGCCGGGAGAGGAGCCCCCGAGGGAACGGGGAAUCCCACAGCCCUUUGUGGUGCCGGCUGAACAGGUCUCCGGGAGCUGGUGUGGCCGUGGAAAUGCCUGCCUCAGAGGGAUGUCACUUUAGCUGACCUUCCACGGCUCAUUGUAUUGAAGACUCUGUCUCCACGGCUCUGUUCAGUUCAAAAUGGCAGAAAAGGCUCCCCCGGGGUUAAACAGGAAGACUUCAAGGUCAACACUCUCUCUUCCACCAGAACCUGUGGACAUUGUCCGGAGCAAAACGUGUUCACGGAGAGUCAAAAUCAAUGUGGGGGGCCUGAACCACGAGGUCCUGUGGAGAACGUUGGACCGACUGCCCAGGACACGCCUGGGGAAGCUGCGAGACUGCAACACGCAUGAGAGCCUCCUGGAGGUGUGCGAUGACUACAACCUGAACGAAAAUGAGUACUUCUUUGAUCGGCAUCCAGGCGCCUUCACUUCCAUUUUGAAUUUCUACCGGACAGGGAAACUCCAUAUGAUGGAAGAAAUGUGUGCUCUCUCCUUCGGCCAGGAGCUAGAUUACUGGGGCAUUGAUGAGAUCUACCUGGAGUCCUGUUGCCAAGCCAGGUAUCACCAAAAGAAAGAGCAAAUGAAUGAAGAACUGAGGCGUGAGGCAGAGACCAUGCGAGAGCGGGAGGGAGAAGAAUUCGAUAACACCUGCUGCCCCGAGAAAAGGAAGAAGCUGUGGGACUUGCUGGAGAAACCCAACUCCUCGGUGGCUGCAAAGAUCUUGGCCAUUGUGUCCAUCCUGUUCAUCGUACUCUCCACCAUUGCUCUGUCUCUCAACACCCUCCCGGAGCUUCAGGAGACGGAUGAAUUCGGACAGGCCAGCGACAACCCCCAGUUGGCACACGUGGAGGCGGUGUGCAUUGCUUGGUUUACCAUGGAGUACCUCUUACGCUUCCUUUCCUCGCCAAACAAGUGGAAGUUCUUUAAAGGCCCACUCAACGUCAUUGACUUGCUGGCCAUCUUGCCCUAUUAUGUCACCAUCUUCCUCACGGAGUCCAACAAGAGCGUGCUGCAGUUCCAGAACGUGCGGCGCGUGGUCCAGAUCUUCCGCAUCAUGCGGAUCCUCAGGAUCCUGAAGCUCGCCAGGCACUCCACAGGCCUGCAGUCUCUGGGUUUCACCCUCAGACGGAGUUACAAUGAGUUGGGCUUGUUGAUAUUGUUUCUGGCCAUGGGGAUCAUGAUCUUCUCCAGCCUGGUGUUUUUUGCGGAGAAGGAUGAAGACGCCACCAAGUUCACCAGUAUCCCGGCAUCCUUCUGGUGGGCCACCAUCACCAUGACCACUGUAGGCUACGGUGACAUCUACCCAAAAACAUUGCUGGGGAAGAUCGUGGGCGGCCUCUGCUGCAUUGCCGGGGUUCUGGUGAUCGCCCUCCCCAUCCCAAUCAUUGUGAACAAUUUUUCUGAGUUUUACAAGGAGCAAAAACGCCAGGAGAAGGCCGUGAAAAGGAGAGAGGCUCUCGAGCGGGCCAAAAGGAAUGGAAGCAUCGUCUCUAUGAACUUAAAAGAUGCCUUCGCUCGAAGUAUGGAGCUGAUCGACGUGGCUGUGGAGAAGACAGGAGAGCCGGCCAAGACGAAGGACCCCACCGACGACAAUCACCUGUCUCCCAGCCGGUGGAAGUGGGCCAGGAAAGCUCUGUCAGAAACCAGCUCCAACAAGUCUUACGAGAACAAGUACCAGGAGGUUAGCCAAAAAGACUCCCACGAGCAGCUGAACAACACGUCCGCCUCCAGCCCACAGCAUCUGAGUGCGCAGAAGCUGGAGAUGCUGUACAACGAGAUCACCAAGACACAGCCUCACUGUCACCCCAACGCCGACGGCCAGGAGCAGCCCGAGCGGCCCUCAGCCUACGAAGAGGAGAUCGAGAUGGAGGAGGUGGUGUGCCCGCAGGAGCAGCUGGCCGUGGCGCAGACCGAGGUCAUCAUGGACAUGAAGAGUACCUCCAGCAUCGACAGCUUCACCAGCUGCGCCACCGACUUCACCGAGACCGACAGGUCGCCCCUGCCACCGCCCUCCGCUUCUCACCUGCAGAUGAAGUUCCCGCACGACUUCCCGGGCACCGAGGAGCCCCAAAGAGCCAGGGGCCCCCCUUUCCUAACACUCGCCAGAGAGAAAGGCCCUGCGGCCCGGGAUGCCUCCCUAGAAUAUGUCCCCGUCAAUAUAACUGGGCACCUCGAUGCCAGCGGUUCCCAAAGCGGGCUCCAUGGCCCCGGGCCAUCUGACAGUGCCCCCGAGAGCCCUAGGAGCUUGCUGAGGGGCAGCCACCCCCUGAAAUCCAGGUCCUUCAAGGUGAAUUUCAAGGAAAACAGAGGCAGUGCCCCGCAGACCCCACCCAGCACAGCCAGGCCUCUGCCGGUCACGGUGGCUGACUUUCCCAUCACCACCCCGCAGCUCAUCAGCACCAUCCUCUUAGAAGAAACCCCCCCACAGGGAGACAGGCCCCUGCUGGGGACUGAGGUUUCCGCACAUUGUCAGGGACCCGCCCGAGGGCCGAGCCCCCGGGUUCCCAAGCAGAAACUCUUUCCUUUCCCAUCGAGAGAGAGGAGGAGCUUCACAGAGGUGGACACUGGGGAAGACGAUGACUUCCUAGAGCUGCAAGGGCCCCGGCAGGACGCGCAGGCCGGCUCCAGCCCUAACUGCUUUGCCGAUAAGCCGAGCGAUGGGAGAGACCCUUUAAGGGAAGAGGCCUGUGCGGGCUCUUCCUCCCCCCAGGACACAAGUCACAACUGUAGGCAAGACAUUUACCAUGCUGUGGCCGACGUUAAAAAGGACAAUAGUCAAGAAGGGUGCAAAAUGGAAAACCACUUGUUCGCCCCAGAAACACAUUCCAACCCAGGAGACACAGGUUACUGUCCCACACGUGAAACCAGCAUGUGACUAGUUACAAAAGCAAUAAAAAAGAAAAAACACUUGUUUCUUAAAAUUACGGUUAAAAAUGCCUGUGAACUAACACAUGGGACGCUCGCCUCCUCCCCCCAAAAAGUGCAUAAAAAUGUUAUUUUUGCAUGGCAUGAGCAGUUUAGUUUAAGUACUGUUUAACUAAAGAGUCAAGACUGCUUUUUGUAACAAACAAACAAAAAUGACUGAGGAUCGGUGACCAAAUAAAGAGAGCUCUGCUAGGAACCAGUGUUCUGCAAUGUCUGACAUUUUUGAUCCUUUCAUUUCAAAUUGUAGACGGAUUCUCAACUUGCAGCUUUUCUGUUACAAUGAAUUUUAGAAUUUGCACAUGAAAGGAUGAAAUGUCAUUGCAUGUGUUCGUAAGGACGAGGAGCAAGGUGUGCUCUGAGCUUGCAAAAUGCCUAACUUUGUGAAUAGUGGGGCCCGGGAUGCAAAAGUGUCCAGAACCUCUGGGAACAAGUGUCUGAGGCACAGGUCCUUCCUUCGCAGCUACUGAAGGGUGCAGACUUCUUGUUGCAACAUUGCAACCUCUUCUUAAACCAUCUCCCAUAUCUCGCUUUGGGUUACAAAACUCUUCUAAGUACAUCUGUUUAGAGGAAUACAGUAUUUUUAUUUCCUUGUGAUAUCAUGCCUAGGGUGCAUUUUUUCCUUUUAUUUUUUUGCCCCUGCUUCAUUAUGGCAUUUGUGGAUUUCUUUAUCUAUUAUGAACAUAGGCAAGAUUUAAUGACCAGAUAUCAAAACACUUGGAAUUUAAGCUUGAAAUGUUGCCCUCAAUUAUAUGUCGUGCCACAGCAAAAUUACAUAAAUGCAUUUUUUAAACACCUGAAUAUAAGGAAAAGGUUAUAUCAUACAGCUAAACAUUUUUUUAAUGGCACUCCACAUUUGGAAAUCAGUUUUGGGUGUGUUGUUGUUGGUUUUUGUUUUUUUAAUUGUAUGUUGGCCCUCUUGAGAUGCCUGUAUUUUCUACUUGUACUCAAUAUAAUCCUUCCUAUCUAAAGAUCUAAAGAUAGAAUGCAGAUAUGCCAAAUGGGAAUUACAAAAGGUGACUUUUAACAAACAACAGAGCUAUUUAAGUGGGACUGCCAUCCCCCCUCAUAGAGUUGGAUUCAAAAAAGAGUUACCAAAGCCUUAGCCAGUUUACUCAGUGGAUAGAGCGUUGGCCUGCAGACUGAAGGGUCCCGGG